CCGGGGAAUGCCGGUCGCAGAAUGAGAUCCCUCGGCUUCAGGCGGGUCGAGCCGAAUCCCACGCGGUUUGCCGCGCGCGGGCGUCCCGCGGACGCCUCGUGGACGUUCUGCGUUCGGGCACCAGUUAUUCAUACGCCGCGCGGCGUCGCGCUAUGCCCGCGUUAGAAAAUUGUGUUUUUAGAAGACCUCUCCCAGAAUUGUGGAGCUUUGAGUGUACUUGGAGCUCUGGGACCAGUGAUAACUCCUAAAAAUUUGUACGGACAAGUUCUAUUUAAAGUUAAGAUUCUAACGUUUGGUAUAUCACGAUUAGGAUCAGGAUAUCGUAUAAAUGAUCGUAUGUACGUUGAUGAGUUAUCCGUACGUACGGACUACGUAGGCUUCGAAGAGAUUUUGAAAUUCUGGGCCAAGUGCAACAUCUACCAUUAGUAAUAAAUUUACCAGCAAGUUCGAUAGUUUACUUACUGUAAUGCUGGUAACUGCUUAAAAAGUACACCACUUAUGUGCAAUCACAAUUCCUAGUCUAAAUAUUGGAUGUUACUUGUCAUUGCUCAUCCAAGCAAAACAAAUUAGGACAGAUAUUUUUUACAGACCUAUAAUUAUAAUGCUGGUGCUAAUUGGCUUGUAUGUGUGCUUUUGUUUAUAUCAAUUUGCCAGUAGCUCGACUCUGACGGCUCCUCCUCUGUCAGCCCUAGUAGUCGCUUUUGAAAGUGUGCAUGAUCUGUCAUUAUUGGCUAAUACCUUAUCAGAUCAGGGAAUUGACACAACACUGAUAAUACCAAAGUAUUCUGCCACUGAUCUUUAUAAUAGACUGAUCGACGUUGAAGUGUUGCAACUGGACAUUAGUAUCAAUAAUUCAACACAUGUCAACAGACGUGCGUUAGAGACAUGCGAGAGUCUCUUUAAGGAUGAAAAAAUGAUGGGGAAAAUACAGGAGUUUAAUCCUACCUUUACUAUAUUUCCAGCAUUAAGACACGAUGGCUGCUUGCUUCCACUCACAAAGCAUAUUGAAUCUAUUCCAGUAAUCUGGAUAAAAAACCCAGAUGAAGAAUUAUAUGCAUUUGAAUGCACUAGAGUUGCACUGCAGGUGCAUAGUGGUGGAUUUUGGUCGAGUGUUUUAACAAGUUUCUCAGGGAAAUCAUUAUUUUCGGCUGUUAAGAACGAUUAUCUAGUUCCUGUUAUACGAUUAGCAAUCGAAUCUCUAUCUGUCAACAUCGAUUUGGAGCAUCUUUACUCUGAUGUUCGACUAGUGCUUUGGGGAGGCGAUACAGUGUUACGUUCUGAUUUUGCAUCUUUAACAGAUCUACUCGUAGAGAUUGGCUGUCAUCAUUGCAGAGGCGCAUAUCCCUUACCUCAAACCUUGCAAAAGUCAUUGGUCGAAUAUAGAAGUGGUAUUAUUGUUGCUCUUUUAGAAGAUAAUUACGAGAUAUUGAUACGAGAAUUAGCAAAGAAGUUACCUCAAGGCAGAGAAGGUCAAGCUGUCGUAUGGACGAGUAAGAGUGCGGAAGUACAGGAGCGAUACAAAAGUCUAGAUACAAAUGCUGACACGCCGAUAAAUCUUUUUAUUGAUGAGACUGUCGAUCGGCAAGAUCUCAUAGGUUACAGCCGAACCCGAGUGGUGUUGAGUCAUUGUACCGAUACGGAAUUCCUGGAAGCUGCCUUUCACAGGGCACCCCUGAUAUGUCUGCCGAGGAACACCCACGAGUCUCGCAACACCGAUCGCGCGAUCGAGUUGGGUUUCGCGCGCUCCGUGAACGGUCACGUCUCGACCGCAGAAAUCGCGCGGAUGGUACAGGAGAUUCACGAAACGGUGGCUGUUAGUGAAAACGCGCGAAAGAUCUCCGUGGCGAUGCGUGACAGACUAAAUCCGCCUUCCGACAGACUCGUCUAUUGGUUGGGUUAUAUCGCGAGGACGAAAGAAGAUACUGACAAGUUCCAUAAGCCGAAGAGUCAAGCGAGAACAUUGACGGAGGAUAUUCAGUUCUUCGUCGGUCUUCUGGUAGGUGUGAUCUUCGGAGUUGUCUGCACGGGCACCGCGGUUGUUACACGAUAUCUCAUCACGGCUAACAAAAUGCAAACAGCGAAGGGACGAUACACGGAAUGAACGUGUUUCGAAAUUCGACUCGAUAUACGCAUGCAUGGACAUUUCCGUAUAUAUAAUAUAUAUAUAUACAUAUAUAUUUAUAUAUAAAUGCACGUAGAAUACAGGUACAUACGAAUACAAAGAUUUUACGAACUAGGCUUUAUCUCAUAGUUAGCGAAGAGAUCGUUAUUAUUACUAUUAUUAUUAUUAUUAUUACGAGAAUACUUUCUCAUAAUUUGACUGAAAAGACUACGAGUCUCUAAUGAAGUGUGAUGUAUUAUCGUGAAGAAAAUAAAUUACAGUUUGUCACAA